AUGUCGAGCAAACAAAAAGCUGCUACGAACAACAGCGGCACCACUUCUAAAAAGAAGUCAUCAUCCUCUUCGGAGAAUGUAAAAAAGAAGAAGAAAGACACUAUUUCAACGCCAUGUCUUGUGCAAUUUACUAAUUCUCUUUCUGCACCUCCUAAUCUCUCGAAUAUUCAUUUUUCUUUGGUCAAAAAAGAUGAUGAUACAACACCUUUUCUAUUCGGAGAGUCAAAAUCCAUGCAAUAUAAAUCAUUGACCAAUCCAUCAUCAUCCUCAUCAUCGAAAUGUUUCAUUAUCAAGGAAGAGUCCAAACAAAACCUUCAAAGAAAGGAUAUUCUGAAGAGAGAGUUAGAACAAGGAGGAGCUGACGCUCUUCAACCCGAUAUUUCUUAUCAACACUUCUUUGAGAAGAGAGUUAUUGGAGGAAGUGAAGUUGCAGAUUCCUUAUUCAAUUCAAAACGUUAUGCCAGAUUGAUGCAAAAGAGAGCCACUGCUGCUACCACAUCUCUAAAAGCUGACCAAAUGGAAACUUUAAAGGUCCUUGUGGGAAGAAAUAGUCGCUCUUCCUCCAUGGCAACCAUGAGACAAUAUAUUCCAACAGUGAAUAUUGAGGCAGAAACUGUCAAUGACUUAUUCGAUCUUAAAACUGAUUUAUUAUUUGAUGACAAACAUUUGAUUGAUCACUUCAAAGGCAAGCAUUGCAGAAACAAGUCACUUCAAAGAGUGUGGAAAGUUCUCGAAGGAGCCACAAUGGAUAAUGGUGCAUUAACUGAAGAAGCCAACACAAGUAUUACCUCAAUGACAGAAUUCAAGAAUCUUCCAUCCUUUUUACAAGAAUAUUUUGGAGUUAUUAUUCAACAUGGAAACUGGAAUGCCAUUGCUAAAAAGAAGAGAAGAAGGAAAAAGAAAUCUGAUGAAGAUGAAGAUGCCGAAGAAGAAGGCAAAGAAAAAUCCACCAACGCCGAAGAUAAGGACGAUCCUGUCCUUCCAGCGGAGGAAUUGACAGAAGAACAAUUUUCUUCCUUCCUGCAAGCCAUUGCUUCUGACAUUCCCUCACUGGCUCAAUACUACAUGGUCUUGUUGGGCAUUUUCCAAAUUGCUCAAACUCGUAGAGUGAAAGACCACGUUGCAGCCAUCUUACAAACAUGCUACGUUCAAGGUACUUUGGACAAAAAGGCCGUUCAAAAAAUUGGAAAGAAGGAGAAUUCUUCACAUCGCUCAUCUGUCAAGUUCACAAGUAUGGCAGACAUUUUCCCAAAUCCUCCAAUUGAGAGCAUGAAAACUCAUCCCUAUCUCUACCUUCCAAAAUCUGCACAAACUCUUCAGGACCUGCUGCUACGAUUGUGUGUUCCAGAAUUCACAAAAUCCUCACCAAGACAUUUCCAACACUUGGUAUUCAAUCAAUCCGUUGGAAAAACACUCCUCAUUCGUACAGCAAACCAUUUACUCGUGGCUGUUCUUCUCAUGUGUAACUUCUAUGUGAAAAAGGAAUUUAUUGUUGCUUUGCAAAAAGACACGAGACUGACCGUCGAGAAAUUACUGGUGUGUUUCAAUGCUCUUGGUGUUAUUCCCGACUCUAAUCAAGUAUUUGUCCAUAGAACGAUCAGAAGUUUGGUUCGUGCUGCAAGUGGGGUUGAUUUUGCAAGCAAUGCCAAAUCACAACUAAGUCUCAUUUCCACCGAAGGCCAUGGAGCACAUCCUGCUCACGUGAAUUUUUAUCUAAGCUUACCAAAAAUCAAACAAUUAUAUGGUAAAGUUGCAACAGUUGGUACAUCAUCGACAACAACCGCCAGCACAAAGAAGAAAGAAACCAAAACCUCUAAAAAGAAAGAGAGUGCUGAGGAUUUAUUGGUUGACGAGGACAAGUCAUCAAAGAAGAAAGUCAACCUUGACGACGAUGAAGUUGUGGAAACAUCUCCAAAACAAUCUGCCAAAAAGUCCACAUCUUCCAAAAAAGCAGAAAAAACAAGUGCUAAAGAACCAACAAAACCCACUAAAGAAUCAGCAGCAAGUAGCAAGAAACAGACGUCUGCAGAAGCAACCAAGCCAACCAAGACCCUCAAACGUAAAGAAGAAGAUGAAAAUAUUGACAACAUGUCUGAAGAUGAUGAAGACAUUGAAAAUGAUCUUGAUGGAUUAUUAAUGGCAUUCCAAGCCCAAGAAGACGAAGAUUUCGAAGAGGAUGACAAUGAAGAUCAAGCUAACCACGAAGACGAAGAUGAAGAAAUGGCAGAGCUUGUAGAUGAAGAUGAAGUAGAGGCGGAACGAGAACGAGCUGAAGAAUCCGACAAUGAGGAAGAGCUUGUUGAAAAUACCCUUGAAGACGACGAAGAGGAUCAAGAUGGAAUUGGUGCCUUACUUGAUACUCUGGGUGAUGAGGAAGAUCUCAUGGACGAAGGAGACGAUGAAGACAAUGACGACGAAGUUGGAGUUAAGGAAGCUCUUAGUGGAAAGAAAAAGAGAAAGAACAUGAAUGACGAUGAUGACGAUGAAGAGGCUGGAGUAGUGAAAUCCAACAAGAAGACCAAACACGAUUUUGAACAAGAUAUUGAAGAAGGAGAAGAUGAAGAGAGCGAAGAAGACGAAGAAUAA